AUGAUCCGACCCGGCCCCGUCGACGUCAUCCACGAGGUUGGCGACGCGACGCCGCACCAGAUGCGCACGCUCUACCUCAACUUCGACCAGCCGCAGCUCGCCGACGCCUUCGGACGCGGAGGCCCUCUCCGGCUCCUCCGCGUUAACACCGGCCACUCCUGCGGCGCCUCGCUCGCGACGCUGAUGGCGGCCGAGUGGGCGGCCGACGGCUCCCUCUCCGCCCUCUCGCCGCCGCCCCUCCUCUACAGCUUCGCGGGCCCGAGGGUGGGAAACGCCGCCUUUGCGGCGAGCGCGGACGCCACCCUCGCGCGGCGCGGCCUAACGCUGUGGCGCGUAGUCAACCAGCGCGACUCGAUCCCGCACGUCUGGCUCACGCCCGACUCGGGAGGCACCGAGGCGGAGGUGUGCGCAGCCGGAUCCUGCAAUGACGCCGUGCCCGGCUACAGGCUCUCCAUCCUCGACCACACCACCUACUUUGGGGUGAGCUCUGCGGGAUCGAACUGCUGA